AUGCUGGAGCCCUCAUCAACGCAACCCUUUACUNNCCCCCUCCCACACGAACAAACUCUCUACAAGUCGCCAGCCCGCACCACUUUCUCUCUGCAGUCACUCAACAAGUUCCCUGGAAAGGAGCCUGUUUACUGGUCAGCCUCUGCCGGCACCUUGUACCUCACCAACCGCCGCCUCGUUUACCUGCCCUCUACACCGACACCUCAACUUCAGUCAUUCGCCGCACCUCUUCUCAACACUCACGAUUCGCAUGUCGUCGCACCUUGGAUAGGACCNAAUGUGUGGACCGCCCUCGUACAACCUGUUCAAGGCGGUGGCAUUCCUGCCCACAUCCCCGCGUUAGAACUCAAGUUCGCAUUCAAGGACGGAGGAGCAUACGAUUUCCACUCUGGAUAUGAGAGGGUGAAAGAGAGACUACAGCAACAAGUUGAUGUCGCGAGGCAAUCAGGACAUCUCCAAGGCGAUGGCAGUGAGGCUGGACGGGGAAGAGGAGGAGAUACUCUUGCUGCCGUUGACGUUGCAAACGUGCAUCUGGACGACUUGCCUGCUUAUGAGGAAUCUGGUGCUUCGGUGUCUAUUCCUCAACUUCAGGCACAGGCUACUCCGGCACCUGCAUCGAGGCAAGCUCCAGCCUCGCCCGAGUCACACGCGCCAGAAGUCUUUACACCACCUGCCGAGCCACCUCCAGGAUACGAGCAGGUGCAGAGAGAGACUGUGGAAGACGAGUUGGAGAGGAGAUUGAGCAGUGGUCGCAUCCUUUGA